UGCUUCUAUUCAAGGGGUCGAUUCCGUGGCCAAAGUAACCGACAAGCCCAAGUCCGGCAGAGGCGGAACAGAGGGAAGGGCUAGUUGUCCUCUGUCGGUGUUUGGCAUCGAUCCCAAGCAUUCCGAUCCAAUAUUAUGGCAUCCGUGCAGGCUUCUUCUGAAAAUGGCAGCACUCCUCAAAAUGGCGGUGUCACGAUGACUGCCGUGGCCAUAGAUAAGGAUAAGAACAGCCCGCACGCCGUGAGGUGGGCCAUCGAUAAUUUGAUCAACAACAUGCAAAUCACGCUCAUACAUGUCCGGCGCAAGGCACAUCAUGACGAUGGACAUCAUCAAAUGGAUGAACGCGAGCUUUUCGGUGUCUACCGUGGGUAUUGCGCUCGCAAAGGGGUCCAACUGAAGGAGUUGAUCAUUGACGACAAUGAUGUCGCGAAAGGAAUAUUGGAAUACAUUUCAAAUAACUAUGUUACGAAUAUUGUUGUUGGUGCAUCUACGAGGAAUGCUCUUAGCAGAAAGUUGAAGAACCCCGAUGUAUCAAAUAUCCUCGCGAAAUCUGCCCCUGAUUUUUGCAAUGUCUUCGUGAUCUCAAAAGGGAGAGUGUCGUCUGCAAAGAAAGCCCAAAGGCAAUUUGUUAACAAUUCCACACCCCCGAGGACCCCGACUUCUGCAACACCUCCCCCAGCUAAUUCUGAUCCAGACGACACAAUCAGGGCACCCAGCCACCCACGGCGAAGAAGCAUUGGGUCGGAUGUAUUGAUCUCGGAAAGGAAGAGCAAUGACUUGAGAGCUCCAAAAGCAGUAGAUAGGCACCGAAAUCCUAGCCACGUGGACCACUCGGACAUCCUGAAUCAUGGGUUGAGGACUCCGACCUGGGGCCGGGAUUCCAUCGCUGAUAAUAGUGAGUUUGGCGAGUUUCCAAGUCCAUUAAACUUUGGAUCAAUGGAUCUCACUGCCGACAGGCUAGACUUUAGCAUCAUCGAAAAAGACUCUCCAACACUUUCAACAACAAUUAAUCAGUCAUCCAGGGAACUCGAGGCCCAGAUGAAGAGGCUGAAGCUUGAGCUGAAGCAGACCAUGGAUAUGUACAGCAAUGCCUGCAAAGAAGCUAUAUCUGCCAAGAAGAAGGCUGCAGAGCUUCAGCAGCUGAAGAUGGAAGAGGCCCGUAAGUUCAAGGAGGCCAGGCUCGCUGAGGAGACAGCCCUUGCCAUUGCGGAGAUGGAGAAGGCGAAGUGCAAGGCUGCCCUAGAGGCUGCGGAGAAGGCCCAGAUGCUCGCUGAGAUAGAGGUCCAGAGGAGGAGACAGGCCGAGCUCAAGGCCAAGCUGGAGUCUGAGGAGAAGGACAAGGCACUGUGCACGUACCACCAUAAUGAUGUGCGGUACCGGAAGUACACCCUUGCUGAGAUUGAAGAAGCCACCCAUAAGUUUUCGAGAGAGCAUAAGAUCGGGGAGGGUGGGUAUGGGCCUGUGUAUAAGGGCAUUCUCAAUCAUACCCGCGUCGCAAUCAAGGUUUUACGUCCGGAUGCCUCACAGGGAAAGAAGCAGUUUCACCAAGAGGUUGAGGUCCUGUGUUCCAUGAGACAUCCAAACAUGGUACUCCUUUUGGGUGCUUGUCCUGAGUACGGGUGCCUGGUAUAUGAGUAUAUGGACUUCGGCAGCUUGGAAGAUCGACUAUUCCAGAAAGGCGACACCCCUCCGAUCUCAUGGAGAAGGCGGUUCAAAAUUGCGGCUGAGGUUGCUACUGCUCUCCUGUUCCUCCACCAAGCCAAGCCAGAGCCGCUGGUGCAUCGAGACUUGAAGCCUGCAAACAUCCUACUGGACCACAACUACAAGAGCAAGAUUAGUGAUGUGGGCCUGGCGAGGCUUGUUCCGCCUUCUGUUGUGGAUAGCGUGACUCAGUACCACAUGACCAAUGCUGCAGGAACGUUUUGUUACAUUGACCCAGAAUACCAACAGACGGGAAAGCUUACCACGAGAUCUGACAUCUAUUCUCUUGGAGUGAUGUUUCUUCAAAUGAUCACGGCGAGGCCCCCAAUGGGCCUUGCUCACCAGGUUAAACUUGCAAUCGAUAUAGGUAGGUUCGAGGAGAUGCUUGACCCGGCAGUUCGAGAUUGGCCAGUUGAGGAGGCACUGGCUUUUGCUGAACUAGCCCUCAGGUGCACGGAGCUUCGGCAAAAGGAUAGGCCGGAUCUGGGGACUGUCAUCGUGCCGGAGCUUAAUCGACUGAGAGACUUUGGGAGAUUUUAUGAUCACCAUAGAAAUAAUGGACACGGUACUUCAAAAAGCAGGGAUCCACCAUCUUCACCUACAUCAACCAUAUGCAGGACAAGUAUUGAUCAGAUUGAUAACGGAGAAGCAUCUACAUCAUCUUCACCGACUCACAAGGCAGCUGCUGCUGAAGGAGGGAUCGACUGAAUCAUCAAUACGGACAUUGACAUUUGAUUCCGUCAGCUUUGUGCAGGUUCGAAUGGAAGAUGAAUCGACGCCAAAGUUUCAAGACACGAAUCAUCACCUGAGACUUAAAAAUUUCCUUGUGUAUACAGAAAUAUGACCCGCAGAUGGUUUUAGCAUAAAUUUUGAACGACCCUUUGGGUGGGGAAAGAACGAGGGGAAACAGUGGGAAAUGUGGUAGGGAAAAAAUGAAAAGAAACAAAGGAAAAUGACCAUGUGCAUAAGUCAG